AUGCAUUUUUCUAUACCAGAUACGCAAGAAUUUCUUGAUACAGCUGGUAAUACGUAUGUGGGUUAUAACAUUCAUAUAAAUGGAUUAUUUCAUUGUACAGUCAGAUAUAAACAAUUACACAAUCUUCAUGAACAAUUGACUAAAGAUCUGGACACACUUUUACCAUCAUUUCCACCAAAAAAGUUUUUUCCUUUAACAACAAAUCAACAAGAAGAACGUCGUUUAUCAUUAGAAAAGUAUAUUCAGUUAAUUGGACAAAAUGCAGUUAUCAAUAAUUCAGGAAUGCUUAACGCAUUUUUAUUGAAUGCUCAACAAGAAACUAUAGGUGGUUUAUCCAAUAAUGAGUGUAUGGAUGUUUUCCUGAUGAAUGGAUGUAAAAUAAUAGUAAAUGUAUCCUUGGGUGAUCACUCUGGAGCUGUAUUGAAGAAAGUCUAUAAGCAUCUUAAACUACCAGAAGAAUAUUAUUCAUAUUUUGCAUUGUUUAUUGUUGCUCAAGACGAAGGCAAUAUUGUUUAUUUGUUACGAAAAUUGCAGAAUUUUGAAUCUCCUUUUAUUACGACCAAACAUAUGAGUGCCAUAUGCAGCAAGGUUGUACUUGGAAAAAAUUAUUGGGAUACAGUAUAUGAACUUGAAUUAAUGAAUAAUGCAGUCGCUACGAAUUUAUUGUAUAUUCAAGCUGUGGCAGAGGUUCAAAGAGGAUGGAUUACAGUCAAAGAUGAAUUAAAAGAUUAUUUGAUCACUUUACAAAAUCAGGGACAUAAAAAGAAAUAUUUGGAUAUAGUGCGUACUUUAAAGUACUAUAACUAUAUUCAGUUUGCUCCAUGCUAUUGUGAUUACCCUAAAUCGGAUUCAAAAGUAUUAGUUGCUAUAGGUAGAAAUGAAUUAAAUUUGCGCGUACUAUCUGAUGGAGAAGAACUUGCAGAAGUCUUUAAGGUUUCUCGAAUGCGCUGUUGGCGGAUAACCACUGUACAAAAUGGUCUGGAGAGAUGUGAUGACAAUGAUGACUUUAGUUUGGAAUUGUCUUUUGAAUACUUAAUCGCUAAGAAUCAAUUGCAAUGGAUUACAAUCACUUCAGAACAAGCUAUUUUAAUGUCUGUAUGCUUGCAAGCUAUGAUUGAUGAAUUACUAUUAAAGAAUGCUGGUGGUAGUAAGCCUGAGGAAGUAUCUGGAAAGUCUUGGACAUACAUUAGGAGAGAUGGACAAAGUAUCGUGAUGGGAUCAAGUUCUAAUGAACAAGUAAAAGAAAGUAAAAAGGAUCAGUGUAUUAAAGAAUCUUCCAAGUCAGAACCGAUUAUAAAGAAAUUAGCUAGUGGAUUGUUAGUAGUAAAAAUGAAAAAGUCAAGUAGUCUAAAUAAUAAAAUUCAAAGAAAAUAUAUAUCUGAGUGUGAUAUGGAAAACAAUGCAUUUCAUAUGAUAGGUGAUGAUGAUUUAUAA